UGAAUAUGUUCUGUGGUGCAGCUGUCACUGGUCACUGGUAGUAUUACUCUGUGAGGUGUGUUUCGGGCGUUUUAUUGUUUGUUUUUUUGGUGUUAGUACGUGUGAAACGUUUUUGAUCUGGGUGACUUUCACGGAACUAAUUUAGAUGUCAGCGCUGUUUAGAGUGACAACACUUGGACAUGUACAUUUACAUGCAAAGAUGCUGAGCACUGCAAUAUUUUACAACAGGCGCAGACUAUUUUCAGUCACUCAAGCGCAGCGGCACAAGAAUUUUGGUCACAAAGAUGAAUCAACACCAUUGUUGACAAAACUAUGGCACACUACCGUCGGAGGUCUUUUUGUAGGAUCGUUAUUAGAUUGGAAUAGGUUUUUUAAUUACUGCUUUCCAAAAAAAGACAACAUUGGUGUGAAUUCUUCAGAGACCAUUCGUCCACUUAGACCUGAGUGUGUAACAGAGAUAUGAACUGCCUUCGUCACAGCUGCCAAAGAGCUACUCAAGACUGAUGGUGAGAAACUGUGCCAGGACUGUAAACAAAGUGUGAAAUAAGUGAGUGCUAAAUGAAGCUACUGUAAUCAUAAAAUAUUUUGGUGAGAAAAAAAUGGAAAAUGCUUAAUUUAUUUGUAGCAAUAUUAAAAUUUAAAAAGUUUGUUUCUUUUUUAAGCAUUUUCAUUUUAUGUACCAUGUUUAUAUUAUGUGUACAUAUCUCUAUUGCUGCAUAUGAGCAAGUUUCUUUUGAUAGAUAAGAUACUAUUUUUAUAGUAACUUGUGUGGUAUAUACACUGGCAGUGCUUAUGACUUUAAUGCUGAAUGAAAAGUAUCACUAACACCAUUCAUAUUAUAAACACAUGGUCACAAAUUUUCUAAAGAUCAUUAAAGUGAUGAAAAAAGUAAUGAAACUGAAGGACUCAAUAUGAAAGUCAUGAAAGUAUCCUAAAAUAAACAGUAAUGGUACUAAAGUCACAAAACACUAAUAUGCAGCAGCCUUUUGGUUACUUUCAUUUUGUUUUUUGUUGCCUCACUUCAGUUUAUAGUUGAACAUUAAACAUAAAUAAUUGGAGACUGUCGUGUAGGACGUGUAGUGGAGAGGUUAGUGGCCCUGCGUGUCGUCAGCAAGAUGGUGCUUGUGAGGUCAUUCGGUUGAGUGGGUUGAUAUCGGGUUCGGGAGUGGAAGGACACAAGAACAGGAUGUCGAACAGCGGGCGAAGUGCUAACAGCAUGUCACGAAGGACACAAUAGUGGCGACGAGGAUUUCUAUUUUACGACCCGGGCGUCCAUGCGGGGGAAAAAAGAAACAAACACUGCGAUGGCGAUGUUUCCCGUGUUUGGAGAAUUCGUUGCAGGGUGUGACACGUGGCACACGUAUUCGGAACUUUUGGGAUAUAAUUUUGUGGUAAACAAAAUUACAUACAAUAAUGAAAUAAGGGCGAUAUUUAUUACUAUUUGUGGAUCAGAGCUUUAUAACCUCGUGACCUCAUUAGUGGCUCCAAUACCAACGUCCGAAGUUGCAUUUCCCGACAUUUUGGCGGUACUCACACAACACUGCGAACCUAAACCAAGUGAGAUCAUGGAAUCAUUCAAAUUCCAUACAGAAAUCAGCACGAAAGAGAAUCUGUGGCAGAAUUCGUGGCAUACUUGCGACAGCUUAGCAUCCACUGCAAUUUUGCAGAUUUAGAUUGCAUGUUGCAGGACAAGGUGGUGUUUGGUGCUCGUGAUACAAAGGUGGAACACACACUCCUGACAAAAGACAACUUAACGUUUAAGGAGGCGGUUGAGUUGGCAACAGCUGCGGAAGCCACAGGCUGCAAUGUCCAUGAUAUACGAGCACAGCUGGGCCCAACUGCGGGGGCAGUGCUGAAGGUUGGGUGCAUCAGGUAUGACAAAAAAGAGAUUAGGGACAAACAGAAGUGAAGCCCAAUUCAGGUGGACCAACAACCUGCAGCUAACAGGCACGCUUGCUGGAGGUGCAACGGGACCAUAGCCCAAACCACUGCCGACACACUCAGACAGUGUGCAAUUUUUGUGCUAGAACAGGGCUCCUAGAACGAGCGUAUUUUACAAAGAAGAGGAAGGGGAAUGCAGGAGUGAACAGUGGAUCGCGAGACCGGAAGGAGAUGGGCAAGUCUGGGAAGCAUGCCACGGACAUGGCUGGGACCUACAAAUUGAAAAACCAACCCGACUCUGGAGAAGAGGAUGAAUCAGCAGUUUACAGCGUGUUUCAGACAACGGCUAGUAGGUGUACAAGUGAACCCCCUAUAUCCUAAAUGUGUGGCUAGAUGGUCAGAGACUUCCAAUGGAGAUUGACACAGGAGCAAGUUUCUCAAUUAUCAGUUUCGAUACAGGUCUACAGAGAUUGUGGCCGGACCUACCAGCACUAGCAGAUGCAAACUUAGUCCUGCAUACUUGGUCACAGGAAAGAUUGGGAAUCAGGGGAACCCGAGAAGUAUUGGUAAAGACAAAGUCUAGGCAAUGUAGACUACCAGUUUUAGUGGCUGAAGGGAAGGGACCAAGUCUCGUGGGCAGGAAUUGGUUAGAACCACUUGGAAUCAAAGUGGAGGGCAUUUUCCAACUAAUACACCAAGUAAUACCACAUGCAGUGCAGCACAAUGCACUGUGUGGAGUUGGGAAAAUACGUGGGGCCCCCAGUAACUAUGGAGCUGGAAUCUGGAGCCACACCAGUUUUCCGGAAGAGUCGGGGAGUACCAUUCGCAUUGCGGGACUUGGUGAGUGCAGAUUGACAGACUAGUCAAUCAAGGAGUGUAUGAGCCGGUGGAAUUCUCCAUUUGAGCGACACCUAUUGUGCCCAUUCGUAAGGCAAAUGGAAAGGUCAGGCUCUGAUGGGACUAUAAAAUUACAGUGAACAAAGUAUGCAAAGCCAACAUCUAUCCAUUACCUACAACUAAUGAAGCUUUUGCUAGCUUAGCUGGAGGGGCAGUUUUUACGAAGCUGGAUUUAGCAGAUGCCUACUGCAUCAGAGAGGCACAGAUACCCACAGGCAAGAAGGUACUGUAGGCAUGUUUAGGUAUUUUGAAUUUUUAUGAAAGAUUCCUGCCUAAUAAGGCCACGGUCCUGGUGCCCUUACAUUGCCUCUUGGACACGGGAGCAGAGUGGUUUUGGAAGCCAGAGCAUACAGAGGCAUUGUGCAAGGCGAAGAACCUGUUUCAAUCUGAUCAAGUGCUGACUCAUUAUGACUUGAAUAAGCCUCUCACGCUGACAUGCGAUGCAUCUAACUAUGGAGUAGGUGCAGUGUUAGCACAUGUCACAGAUGAUGGAAAAGAAGUGCCUGUGGCUUUUGAACGUCAUGAGAGAAACUAUUCUCAGCUAGAUAAGGAGGCACUGGCCGUGAUGUUUGGGGUUACCAAAUUCCGGCAAAGUGUAACCGCCCGUCAUUUCACAAUUGUGACAUCACAAGCCGCUGCUGCGAUUGCUGGACCCCAAGCGGCAAACCCCAGACAUAUUAUCCCCAUGUCUUUUGCGGUGGAAUCUAUGGCUCUCUAUGUUUGUGUUUCAGAUAAUUUACAUGCCUGGUAACAGGAUACCUCAUGCAGAUGCCCUCAGCCAGUUACCUAUGGCCACAGGAAAUGUGCAUAUACCAACAGUGGGCGAUGUGCUCAUGCUCACGGCCAUGCCAGAUCCGCCAAUCGAUGCACAGACACUGGUUUGGCUGACGACCACGGACCCCAUCCUUUGUCGAGUCAAGCAGCUCACAAGCCAAGGUUGGCAGGGAAGACAUGUGAGAACUGAGGAGUUUCGGUCAUACUGGAAUAGGCGAGAGGAGUUAUCCUUGCAAGAAGGCUGUCUCCUGUGGGGCAAUAGGGUGAUCUACCCAGAGGCGCGCUGCAGGGAACUGUUGAUGGUUCUCCAUGCCGCACAUAAUGGUAUUGUAAAAUCCAAGAUGAUCGCCCGAAGCUAUAUGUGGUGGCCAGGAAUGGACAGGGAUAUUGAGCAGAUGGUAGGGCAAUGCGCUGACUGCCAGCAGCAGAGAGCCAACCCACCCAAAGUGAAGGAGGUAAAAUGGGCAAUAGAGAAGGAGCCAUGGAUUAGGCUACAUAAUAAGUCUUUCCAGGGUCCUUUCCAGGAAAAAGUCUUCCUCGUUUUAGUGGAUGCACACUCCAAAUGGUCGGGGGUGAGGAGGAUGCAUAGCAUGUCGUCAAGUGCAGUAAUCCAGGCGCUGCGAGAGAUCUUCAGUUGUCAUGGGAUUCCUCAGUACCUGAUUUCAGACAAUGGGACAGCUUUCGUGUCCCGAGAGAUGGAAGAAUUUCUGCAGAAGAACGGGGUGGCACUGCAGCGAACACCUCCAUUCCACCCAGCCACAAACGGUCAAGCAGAGCGCAUGGUACAGACAGUGAAGAACAAACUGCAGAAAAUGGGAGGAUGCGAUUGGCACACAGGAGUUGCGCGAAUGUUGUUGGCAUUGUGUACAACGCCACUAGGUGACUCACAUAAGACACCAGCAGAACUCCUAAUGGGGCGAUCAUUGAGAACGGUGUUGGACCAGAUACGUCCCAAUCCCACCUUGAAACGAGAGGAGACCUUAAAUGAAGUCACAAACUGCCACAUGCGCAUGCAUUUCUCAGUGGGGCAGCGGGUGCUUCUUCGAGACUACAGGGGGACUCGUAAGUGGCUACCAGGAACAAUUAUAGCUAAACAAGGGCCGGUGACAUACACUGCCCAAGACGAGAAUGGCUACACAUAUAGACGUCACGUGGACCAAUUGCUGAGAAGCAAUGUAGCACAUCCAGUACACCAAGCAUUUCCAUCAACAAGCAGCGAUGGCAGUGCAUGGACCAGACGUGGUGGUGCCACCCUGCGCCAGCUUAUGCAGACAGGCGAGACGGUUUUGAGAGAGCCGGCAAAGGUAUCAGUAACCACACACAGGUGCACUGUUUCGACACAGCCAGCGAGGGAACCAGUGUCCAGACAGAAACAACCGGCAGAGAAUCUGGAGCAGAAGGGUAUGCACCAGCAGCUGGCCGGACUAUCCCCAGUAGGAGCACCAACGCCAGUUCACGGCAACCUUCCUUUCAGGGGGUUUGUGCACCCUGACUACCAGGGACGAGAGCAACGGGAGGGACUGCGUUUGGAGCUGGUACACACACAGCCAACUCGGAGUUUGAGCAGGGCAAGGAAGGUACCCAGCAGGCUGCAAGACUACGUGUGGGGAUCUUAAGGGGAGAAGUUUGUUGUAGGACAUGUGUAGUCUUCAGCAAGAUGGUGCUUGUGAGGUCGUUCGGUUGAGUUUGUUGAUAUCGGGUUCGGGAGUGGAAGGACACAAGGACAGGAUGUCGAACAGCGGGCGAAGUGCUAACAGCAUGUCAGGAAGGACACAAAAGAGACAUUCCUCUUAAACUCAUGUGGAAAUUAGGUAUCUAAGUAAAGGUUUCAGCUUUCUAAAAAUUGGUAUGAUGCUGCGACGAGCACUAUUUUGAUAUAUGUUUAAAUAUGUACAACUAAUUAGUCUGCGAUUUAAAUAAAUGCAUGUGUGUACUUAUGUACGCGCAUUAGAAGUUAUACUUACUGGGCAUGAUAAAAAACUAACUUCAAUUUUGUAUGCAAAUUAUUAAUAGAAAUAAAAUAAUAAAAG